CCCAGCAAACAUUACAAUGGCUCCCAAAAAAGUCUUUCUAUCUGCACUUUCCCUUCUCCUUGUGGUACUACAGCCUUCUCUGGUUGAGUCCAGACCUCCAGAACCUCCUAGGAAACAUCUUUCCAACUUGUUCCAAAAUCUAGACGAAUCUCACAAGGGGCAGAACUUAAAAGGGCUUCAUCUGGUCAAACAAUACCUCAAAAAUCUCGGCUACUAUCCUAAUGGUGUUGAUGUUACCACCAAUGAUGAUUUUGAUGAUCAUUUGGAAUCUGCCAUCAAAACGUAUCAGCAAUAUUACCACCUCAAUGUCACCGGAAACCUUGAUCCUCAUACCAUCAAAGCUUUAUCUGAACUUAGAUGUGGUGUUCCUGAUUUUUUUGUCCUUGAUCAGAACUUAACUACUAACUCUAGCAAGGUGAAGUUUGCCAUUCAAUAUUCUUUCUUCCCAAAUAAUCCAAAAUGGCCGACUACCAAGCGUGAUCUCACCUACUCGUUCAAGUCUGGUGAUGGAAUCUAUGUUGACUUAGCAUUGAUAAGGCCAAUAGUUGAGCGUGCAUACAAGAGAUGGCAAGACGUUUCUCCAUUGACGUUCAAGGAAGGGAAUUCAAACUCGAAUAUUAAGAUAGGGUUCUUUCGCCGCGACCAUGGAGAUGGUAAACCUUUUGAUGGACCAGGGAAAGUUUGUGCUCAUGCCUUCGCCCCUCAAGAUGGACGUGUUCAUUUUGAUGCAGAUGAGCCUAAUUGGAAAUUCGGUCCUCGUCACUAAAUGGUCUUGACUUCAAUUCAACUCCUGUUUGUUGGGUUUUUUUUUCCACAAUUACAAUUUACAAACAAGUUCGUAUGACUAUAAAU